AUGGCCCUCCUCGCCACCGCCCGCCGGGCCUCCUCCCUUCCCAUCCUCCGCCGAGCCUCCUCGGUGCUGCUCGGCCCCGUGGCCUCGCCGUUCCCGGCGACUAGGCGCAGCUCGUCCUCCUCCAUCCGCGCCGCGAAGACUGCCUUAAUGAACGCCGCGAUGGACACCGUCAACGCUGAGCAUGGCUCCAGCGCCUGGGCCGCCGCGCUGGACUCACUCCGGGCCGCCACCGACUCCCUCAGCAACGCCUCCUUCGAGGACCAGCUCCUCCGCGGCAUCGACUCUGCAGUCAAGUCCUCCGAGCCGCCCCGUAUCGCCGAGAUGGAGGAUACCGCGGGUUGCUUCCCCUUCGAAGUCAGUGAAAAUAGAUACUUUGUUGGCCGCGAUUAUAAAAGAUACAUUACUCUUAGAAGAUCUUUUGAGGACGAGAAGAUUGAGGUUGCGACUCAGAUAGACUGCCUUGAGAAGGAUGGAAAAUCGUCUUUGGAAUCCUUAUGCAUGCAGCUGGGACAUGGCAAAGGUGAGAAGAAGGCAUCGAGACCUAGCCUCACCUUUGAUGUCAUCGUCUCCAAGAGCAAUGGCUACGAACUUCAGUUCACCUGUGUUGCGUAUCCGGACGAUGUCAUCAUCCGUUCCAUGAAUAUGACGCCCGGGGGGUCGCCAAAAGAGCAGGAGCUACUGGAGGAUAUGUAUAAGUAUGACGGUUUCAAUAAGCUCGAUGAGAAUCUGAAGAAGUCGUUCCACAACUAUCUGGAGCUGCGUGGGAUCACGCCGAUGACGAUGAACUUGUUUCGCGAGUACAUUAUUAGCAAUGGCACCCGCAAGCAACACUUUUGGCUGAACAAGCUGUCGGAUUUCGUCAAGAAAGAUUGA